CUUUACUCACUGGGAUAUUUCGGUUCGCGGCUGUGGAUCACAUUGACAGUUAAACGUUUCAGGGAUAUAUUUAUCACUUAGCCAAGCUGUUUCUUUUUUUCUUUUCUUUUCUUUUUUCCAGAGAGACUCUUAGCUCUUCUCUUAUAUAGAUUUCUCUGGGAUAAUCGGAAUUCCAAAGCAAAAAGUAGGCGAAUCCCCUGUGCUGCCCUGCUACUUCAUUAAUCGGACUGUCGCCUUUUUUUUUUUUUUUUUUGUUGCAACCAAAAGGAAAACUCUGAGGUCUCAGCAUGCCAGGCUAACGCGCGUCAGCCAGAUUUGCUGUGGAAAAACUUCCUUACAUUUGUGAAAUGUUGAAAAUCUAUUAGAAAUAAGCUUCAACAGCAGCAAACAAAGAGAGAAUUCAAGAAUGGGAAGAAUAUUUUAAUUUUGGAUUUUGGUGCAAAAGAUCUGAACUCAACUGAAAGAUAAAACAUUUCAAUAAAAACAGAAUAUAAAUUUAGGUAUUCGUAUUUUUUAUAACUAUUUUGGAAAAAUAUAAAGUUGUGUUUUGAUACUGUAUGCCAUUUCAAUACUAACGUUUAUGGUUCGCUUUUUUACUUAAACAAAUUUGUUGAUAUUAAUCAGUUUAGGCAAUUUUCACUUUUUAGAACCUUUGCAAUUAAAAAGAUGAUUAGACGCCAAAAGACUCUAACUGCUGCGGAUAAAAUAUAAAAUUUUCGAGCGUACCGAUGCUUACUCGCAUUUCUGAAGAAACAGAUAAGCAAUAAGUUGUAUUUCCUUUCUUUUAUUCCUCCCACUCCCUCACUUUGGCUGCACGAUCAAGUCCCGUUCUUCUGGUCAAGUUCAGCGUGUUGUUCCCCCGGCCCUCGCGGACGCUUCUUAUUGGUAGGCUGCGACAGUUACAUCACGGCGCUCGUGACGCGCACGUCUUCCUGUUUCCUUCAGCCGUGUCUUAAAGUGAAUCUUAGUGGCGGAGGAGCGCUCCAGCAGCAUCCAGUCCUCCGCUCUGCAUCCAGCGCGCCUCAGAGACGCACACACGCACAGCUUCUCUCACUCUCUCUCUCCCUCUCCCUCUCUCUCCUGUCUUCUUUCAAGGUCUCUCACUCUUUCGACCACAGCUGAGGAUAGAAGGAGAGACGGACGCGCAAGAGCCAGUUUUUUCCCCGUUUUCUUUUUAUAUUUUUGCCUCUUUUAGUUCGCGCCGCUCACUUUAUUCCAGCUCUUCCUUUCCUCAUAUUUUGUUCCAGCUCCUCCGCACAGCAGUCCGCGGCGCUUUUCUCUCUUUCGCCGCCGCAGGAGUUCAGGUUGUCCCCCCUUAAUCUUCAUCUUGGACCGGAUACUCAGAGGCUUUGACCCUAGAGGACUGGGUUUGUGGGAUAUGGCCCAAUAGCAGCAGCCCGUGAUGCCGGACCAUGACAGCGACUCCCUCCUGAACAGACAGACCAAGAGACGACGUGUGGACAUUGGUGUCAAGAGGACAGUGGGUAGCACAGCCUCCUCCACAGCAGCAUCUACUACCGAUAACAUCGCCCGCGCCAAAGCAGCCAUUUUCAGUGCCAUGAACUCUCUGAGCUCCCAUUCUCACCACGGAUCAGACAACGACUCCAUGGAGUGCUCUGUAGUACAGCCACAUGGUGGGCCUGGCGUCGUGUCAGCAGGCGACAGUGAGUCCAAAUCAAAUGUACUCCGAAAGCUACUGAAGAGGGCCAACUCAUAUGAGGAUGCCAUGAUGCCCUUCCCUGGCACUACCAUUAUCUCUCAGCUUCUCAAGAAUAACAUUGCAAAAAAUGGAGGUGGACAUGAGAGAGGGGAAAGAGGAGAUAGAGUCGAAUCAGGCUUCCCUGGAUCAGGGCUCUCGAAUGCUAGCUCUGAUGCCCCGCAGGAAGAUGCAUGCAGUAACUCCUCCCAAGACAGCACCCCUCAGGAGUGCUUGUCACCAUUUGGUCGUCCUCCUGGGCUGGCCACCUUUGACAUUGAACGUCUCAAUGAUGAACACCUGCGUGCCAAGCGGGCCCGUGUAGAGAACAUUAUACGUGGUAUGAGCCACUCGCCAAGCGUGGUGGUGCCUGCUGCUUCCCGUCAUGAGCGUGACCAUGAGAUGGAUGGAGAGCGGGAUCUAGAACUGGAUUGUCCACCUCGUCAGUCCCAACAGCAAGCCCCAAGCAGUCCACGGGGAGGUGAAGUGUGCAGUAGCAGCCGAGAGAAUAAGCGCAAACAGCGACUGCCACAGCAGCAGCAGCAAAGCUUCACCCAGCUGGUGUGUCAGAGAAAGGAACAGAAGCAGGAGGAGCGGCGGCAGCUCAAGCUGCAGCUAGAGGACAUGCAAAAGCAACUACGGCAGCUCCAGGAGAAGUUCUUUCAGAUCUAUGACUCCACCGAUGACUCAGAGCACACUGACCUUCACAAUGACAUAGGAAACUUGUCCGAGGACAGCCCAGGCAGGUCCGACACCGGUGGAGAUGACCGGGGUGGAGAUGACUUGCGCUCUGACAAUGAGAUGGCUGAUUUGGAUCCAGGCCAUUUCCUUGACAGGGCGCGGGCUCUGCUUCAGGAACAGGCCUUGUUGGCCGACACUGAGAAGCCAAGAAGAGAUGGCCUGAGCCGAAACAAAGGACAGGGAGGUCCGGGUUCCUCCAUGCAUGCUGAAGGUAAACAGCUAGCAGAAACACUGAAGCAAGAGCUCAACUCAGCCAUGACCCAGGUGGUGGACACAGUGGUAAAGGUGUUUGCUAAACCUCCUCGCCCUACUCCUCAGCAGGCCUUUCCACCUCUAUCUAUACCACCUGAAAGAUUUCCUGCUGCUGUCAAUGGAGACAACCCAAAUUUCCACACCACCAACCAGAGGCUGCAAUGUUUUGGUGAUGUCAUCAUUCCUAAUCCACUGGAUUCCUUUGCUAGCAUGCCUGGCAUACCAGGUCCUACCAAUGACCAAACUGAGGCACUGCCUUUAGUAGUACGUAAGACACCCAGCGAGCAUCACCACCAGUCUUCAGCAGUGGGUGCACAUGGUGGUAGCCACCAUCCAGCUCUCCAUCCAUCAUCUCUCUCUGCCUCCAUGGGCUUCAGCCCUCCCUCCUUUCGACAUCCCUUUCCACUGCCACUCAUGGGUUACCCCUUCCAGACUCCCAUUGGCCCACCCACAGUUUACCCAGGCAAGGACCGUACUUCACCAGACUCCAUGGACCUGCCCAGAGAGACCACCAGUUUGAGAACAAAGAUGGCAUCAGGUCACCACCUGGGGCACCACCAUCGCUCUUGUUCACCAGCACACCCUGGCAGCACAGCCGAAAGCCUGUCCUUAUCCCUAAUCAAGUCAGAGUGCAGUGAUCUCCAGGAUAUGGCUGACAUCUCACCUUACUCAGGCAGCAAUAUCCAGGAGGGCCUCUCCCCUAAUCAUCUGAAGAAGGCCAAACUCAUGUUUUUCUACACCCGCUACCCAAGCUCUAACAUGCUGAAGAUGUUUUUCUCUGACGUCAAGUUUAACCGCUGCAUCACCUCCCAGCUGAUCAAGUGGUUCAGCAACUUCAGGGAGUUCUACUACAUCCAGAUGGAGAAAUUUGCCCGGCAGGCCAUCAACGACGGUGUCACUGGAGCCGAGGAGAUGAGCGUCAGCCGGGACUGCGAGCUCUUCCGAGCCCUGAACAUGCACUACAACAAGGCCAACGACUUUGAGGUCCCUGAUCGUUUCCUGGAGGUGGCUGAGAUUACAUUGCGGGAGUUCUUUAAUGCCAUUGUGGCCGGCAAAGACGUGGACCCAUCCUGGAAGAAGGCCAUCUACAAGGUCAUCUGCAAACUGGACAGCGAGGUCCCUGAGAUCUUCAAGUCCCCAAAUUGCCUUCAGGAGCUUCUACAUGAGUAAAAUUCCUUCUACACCUCCAGCUCUGCUCAUCUCUUUGCGCUUAUUUUGUUUGUCGUUUCUGAUUUAAUUGAAUUUUUCAAAAAUUCCCCCUUAGUUUUUUUUUUUAUUAUUUCUAACUAAACGUUUGAUUUUUUUGUUCUUUUAUUAUUAUUUUUGAAUGUAUAAAAGUUAUGGAGUAGCAUUCCCAAACUAAGGCCUCUGUGGCAUUUCCUAAAUGAUCUAGCUAUUGUGUUGUUGUUCAUAUAUUAUUAUAUGUUUUGUUUUUCUAACAUUCUGAAGUGAAGAGACUUUUAUUACUGGGUGUUUUUGGACUGUGUGAGCCCUCACCUGUAUGGCCUGUUUUAUGAACAAUACUACCUGAGUGUGCGGAGGGACUUUGCAGUUACACCACUAUAAACACAGGCAGGGUUUACUGUAUCCCUCCAGUUCUAGGGGCAUCCUGACGAACCGUUUCCUGCUUGGCUGCCCAAUAGACUCUGCUUUAUAAGAUGUCACGAAGAAGACACACAUGCACACAAAAUUGAGACCUACUAUGUUUAUUGACUGGACUAAAACUGGACUCGUGUUACUGGUCAGCACUGGUCUGCAGAACUUGGACUGGUUUUAAGAGGCUACUGAAGUCUACCACCUUUUGAAGUGUAUUUUCCCUUAAAAGCAGGGCAUUGUGUUUAUUGGGUGUACAUUAUUUUGAUUAAUAUUCUUAUUGUUGUUUAUGAUUAUUUGUCAUUUUUUGCUUGCUGAAGAUUGGCACUUCAAGAUUUGUUUGUCCCUUGAUGCCGUUGCAGAAGAAAAAUAAAUUAUUAUUAAUAUUACUCCAAGCGCAUUUAGAUUCCUAAAUACUUUCUCCACCAUAUUUCCCUCCAUCCUUCUUUGCAACUUCUUUGCUCAAGUUUCUUCAUAAAAGCAAUCAUGUCAGGUUUUCUGUUUGAUUGGAGUAAAAAAUGUCCCUAAUUAGUCCCACUGUGUCUAAAAAAUGUUGCAGUAACACUUCACAUAAAAGAGUACAGAAAUACAAAGUGAACACAUUAUAUUUUUGUUUUUUUUCUUCAUACUCAUCUUUAAAUCAGCAAUGUUUCAGAUGGUGCUCCACCUGAAAGUGUACAACUGCUCAUCUGUAUUUGUAUACUAUUUAUAUCUAGCUCUUAUAAGAUGAGGACAGCCUGAUUACUAGUUAGGCUUCUGCUCUAAUAAUCCUAUGCGAAGUGAAAAUGACAUGCUAAAGUUGCUUUAUUUGCAGAUGAUACUUGAAUAUUUCAGGAUAUUGUAGAUAAACUUAGCUUGAAGCAACACACACACGUGUGCACACGCAAAUCAACCGUAACAAUUUGACCAACUGUUUAGUGGUGUAUACAGUCAAAAUUAUCCAUAUUCCUGGUUUUAAAUAAUCUUUUACCAACGUGUUUCUUAUGACUGGAAGAGAUGUUAACCAAUUAGAUUUAGGCAAAACUUGAAUUCCAUUGAGAACCUAUGAAGAAAUCUAAAAAUUAGGGUGAUAACUAAAAGGCCUUCCUCUCCUAGAGACAGAGUUGAUCACCACCAAAGAUAUAUUAUCAAAUACCAACGGAAUCCUAUGAAAACUGGUCAGCAAUUAUAAGAAGGAUUUGUGUGAUGUAAUACAAAUAAAGAUGUCUCUUCCUUUUUGUUUUAAUUAGGUGCUCCUUUUAAAUAAUUUUAUUCUCUUUUGAGUGAGACUCUGCCUACCAUAAACAAACUUCUUGGUUGAAUGAUAAUUACUUUAAACCAAAAUCUGCCAGGUAUACAAAUUAUCCAACAGGCGAAAACCAACCCAUUCAUUAUUUCUGACACAUGGACACAUGCGGCAGUGGCAUCUUUCUUCCAUGUUCAUCUGCCUGUGAGUGAUCUUGCUUUUUCUACAAAGUAACAGUUCAAGGUCGGAGGUGAGCACUCACCCUGAGGGUAGAUGGAGAAGUUCUCAGCACUACAAAGAUCAGGGACAAUGGAGCAGAGCGUUGUACAACGCACACCUGGAGCUCUCCGCUCUGCCCCGCUGUCUCAAAGCGGCUUCGUUUUCAGACCCAAAGUGUAAUUUGCUUGAAAACCACAGUGCCCAGAUUGCUAAAUGGCGGUCCACAGAAUUUUACCUGUGAUAAUAUAACCCAGAUUUUUUUUUUCCCCUCCUUAAUUGCACAUAUUUUUAGAGUUAUUCAUUUGUGUGUGACUGUGUGCUUUCAUCCACCCUCUCUCAGGCUUAAUAAACGUGAAGGAAAAAGUUGACUUGAAAGUGCGUGCAAGCUAGCUGUUGAUCUCACCUUGGAGUCAUUAUCUUAUAGGAUGUCUUUGUGUUUCACAAAAGAUCAAAAGGACCAGGUUGCUUGACCUGCUGACUCGUCUAAGCGAGACAAAGCACCUGACAAAAGGCAGCAGCAAAAGACUUAGAGCUACUCCCUUCAUUAUGUCCCCCUCUCCUUCUCCUCCCUGGACAGUGUUUCUUCUUAAGAUUGGGAGCCCUGAGAAAACGACCCAGACACUUUUCGCACUGAAGGAUGCCUGAGUCUCAAAGCACCAGCCAAGGGCUCUAAAGCGUCACAAACAAAAGGGAGAAAGGAAAGACUUUUAUCUGAUGCGCAGAUUAUUAUCGCUCCCCUCCCUGCCCUUCCUGAAACUCCACCCUGAUGUAAUAUAGUUUCUAUGCCUAACGAUUGUGAAACAUUAUUAUUUUUGUCAAGUUUUCAUUUUCAAUUGUCAUUUGAUAUUUAUGAUAAAAAGAUAUUGAAGUUCAGUUCUAGCAUUUUCUGGUAAUUUAUGAAAAUAUCUUCAGUUCCUGAAGGAUCUUUGAAAAGAAAAGGUUUAAUAAAGCAGCUAAUGGGGGUAAUUUAGGUGGCAAUUUUAUUGAAUUUAAUACUUGGAAAUUUCUCAACUAGGAGGAAUAGGGGUAGGAUUUUACACCUUUUUUGGACAGUUUCAUUUUUUAUGUGUCUUUAUUUUCCUUGCUACGAGUUGAAUUAAUAUCUUGUUGAGAAAGAAAUGUGUUUAGAAAUUUUAGGCACAUUUCAAGAGUAUGAACUAUUGUGGCAAAUGUCAAUAUGUCAGGAUGAAACAAAAUACUUGUACAGAUUUUUUAUAUGAUCGGUAAGAGUGCUAGAGAGGAGUGAGUGAUUAAAAGACUAAGUUGGGGGGGUGGGGAUAAAUCUCCAAAAAAUACAAAAACAGCCAGCCCCCUUGGGUCCCCCACCCACGCACACCCCUGCCAGGCCUUUAGCGGGAGUCCGUCUCCCAUCUCCCAUUGGCAGUACUCUUGAAGUUGCACCAGCGUUGUGGUUUCUUUUACCGAGCGAUGGGGCCAUCAUGGCACAGGUGGUCGCCAACAUAGACUUAGACCGAAUCCAGGAAAUAGACAGGACCUUGCAGUCAGACUAGCCAUGGAAAGGAAAUUUGUACAUAUAUGCUUUGAUUAAAGAGGCUGGAGGCAGACGUAAAAUUCAUAUAGGGCCGUUUUUUUUAUUGUUUGGUAAAUAUUUGUGGAUUUUCUGUGUGCUCAUCCGUACGUUUGUUUGCGACAUGUACUGUAUACAAGUGUUUGCGUCUGUGUGAAAGAAAAGACCGAUUAUGAGAACCUGUGAACCACUGAGUGACACAAUUCUCAACACUGUGUGCCCUCCCCCACCCCUGGGAGUACCAUCCUGACAUGUAAACGAUUCUCAUUAAGCAUUGGCAACAUGUGUUUUGGUGUGUGGGCGUGUGGGCGGGUGUGUGUGUGUGUGUGUGUUGUGAUAAUUUCUUCUGAUCUGUUUCUGACCUGUUUGAAAGAGGAUUUUGAUUUAAGGCUUUUGGUGGUAAAUCCUUUCUUUAAAUCAUUAUUAUUAUUAUUAUUAUUAUUAUUAUUAUUAUUAUUAUUACACUGCUCCUCUUUUAUUGUAAAUAAUAAUGACGUGGGCUUACAUUGAUAAAUACGGCCUUUGUAUAACUUAGCAAUAUGUUUAUGUAAAUAGUGUUUUGUUCAUGCUUUUUCUAUGACAUUAUUAGUGCAGUGAUUCCAACUGGAACAGCCAUGUUUUUCUACAGUCUGAAUAGUGACAGGUUGUAAAAAUAAAACUCAUAACGUGGCUGCUGUACUUCUUUCUCCAAUUGCUGGUGUCUAUUUGUGUCUGCAGAUUUUGUGUAAUUUAUUGGUUUAAUUUAUCCUAAUUUAUUUCAUGUUGUUCGUUUUGGAUUUCCUUCCAUCCAGCGAAAGCUGCACUGCAUUGAAACAAGCUGAAUCAAUUUAAAAGAUUUCAGCCUUUUUUAUUUGAAAGCGAAUUUCAAAAAUUUUUUAUGUAAUUGAUAGAAAUGCUGAAUGAAGAUCAGGCAGCUUAAUGGAACUGGCUAGAUAAUGGGUUUGACUGGGUAGAGGGUGGAGCUAGAAAGCUUGAAACUAGUUUAAAGACUUUUUUCUUCUUUUGAGAUGUUUUAUUUUUCCCCCUGUGUUGUUUUGGCCCAGCCCAACAAAGAACCAGUAGUCAAAUUGCCUUUUGUGCCUUCACCCUCUAUGAACUGAAUGUAUGUGCAGUAUAUAUGCAAGCUUGUGCUAAAUGCAGAAAAAGAUAAAUAAAAAUAAAAAAUGAGAGUGGAAAAUGUCAA